AUGAGAACACGUGAUCAAAUGCACAAAAAGGCAAAAAGAUCAGGACUGUCUCAGGACUGGAUCGAAUACAGACGCCUUCGUAACAAAGUAACCGAAAUAAACAGAAAGGCAAGAAAAGAUUACUUCAGAAACAAGCUUGAAGAAAAUCGUGGAAAGCCCAAAGCUUUCUGGGACACAUUACGUCUGAUCCUUCCAUCCAAGAAAAACUGCAAUGAAAUUGAAAGGUUAGUGGUUGAUGGUGAAGAGUUAAGUGACAAGCGUGACAUUGCUAAUUCUUUAAACGAAUAUUUUACAACAAUUGCAUCCUCGUUGUUAGCCAGUCACCAAUCCCACAAGUACCUAGCAGCUCCACAGCAGGAAAACGACCCGGUCAUUUCAAACAACACCUUUAAAUUUCGUGUCUUGAAUGAAGACGACGUUUUCAACGUCUUACAAACAAUGGAUAUAUCGAAAGCUACAGGAGCAGACAAUAUAUCGGCUAAAGUCUUGAAGACCGCUGCUCCCUAUAUCAGCAACGUUGUAUCUAAUAUAUUCAAUGCAUGCUAUCAGUACGGUCGCUUUCCAUCUUCGUGGAAAACGGCGAGAGUGACACCAUUGUUUAAAGGCGGGUCCAAGACUGAUCGUGACAACCGAAGGCCAAUUUCCGUUCUGCCCUGCAUAUCAAAGGCGCAAGAAAUGUUCGCCAAUCUCGAUCUACAAGAAUUCGCAGCGGAGAAUAAUCUUAUCGGUGACCAUCAAUUUGCGUACGCCAGAAACUCAUCAACUACAGCAGCACUUAAUAUUACCGUUGACUCGUGGAAAUUUGCUAUAGACAAAGGAGAGAAAGUUGUUUGCACCUUCCUAGACUUGAGAAAGGCGUUUGACAUCAUAGAUCAUGACAUCUUGAUAAGCAAACUAUCGAAAAGCGGAGUGACUGGAAACGAACUGAAAUGGUUCACGAGUUAUCUACACGAAAGGAAGCAAUAUGUCUCGUGCGAAGGCGUAGAGUCGGAACGGCGUUUAAUUACACACGGAGUUCCGCAGG